AUGGGAUAACUGGUAUGGAUUGGUUGGUAAUUCGAGAUAUUACAAUUAUACACUAUCUGUGAAUGGAAAMCCAGAACGACAUGGUGCAGACUACAAGAAAGAUUAUUUGACCGAUGUGAUUCUAAGAAAUGCGAUGAGUUUUCUACGACGCGAGGUGGCUCCRUUGCCAUUUUUCAUGUUUCUAUCUACWCCUGCUUGUCAUGAYCCUGAUACUCCAGCACCACAAUACCAAGAUUACUACAAUGACAAGAAAGCACCGAGAACACCAAGUUUCAACAAACCAGGAGGGAAGGGUAAACACUGGUUGAUACGGAAUGCACCCAACCCUAUGGAGCAGUCAUCAAUUGAAUACUCUGACGACAAAUUCCGAAACAGAUGGCGCACCCUCCUCUCUGUGGAUGACCUUGYCGAACAAGUGAUCGCGACACUGAAUGAGAUAAAGCAGCUGGAAAACACUUACAUAAUUUACACCUCGGACAAUGGCUACCAUCUUGGGCAGUUUUCUCUCCCCAAGGACAAGAGGCAAUUGUACGAGUUUGAUAUUCGAGUACCAUUCUUGAUACGCGGACCAGGAAUCCCGAAAAAUGAGCGACUGCAGAGUCCUAUCGUAAGCAUCGAUAUUGCACCAACAAUCAUCGAGUUAGCCGGGGGGAAGCAACCAGACAGUAUGGACGGCCAAUCGAUUGUACCAUUAUUAGUAAGUAAGACUAAACAUCAAACAUCAGAUCCCGUUGAAUGGCGCAAGGACUUCUUGAUUGAGCACUCAGGUGAAGGACAGAAAUCGAUCAGUGGUUGUCCUCAGCUGUCAUCGGGGGUUUCGUGCUGCGAAGUAAAUUGUGUAUGCGAAGACAGCUGGAACAACACUUACACUUGUUUGCGAACACUGGACAGCUCUCAAGAUCUAAUGUUUUGUGAAUUCAAAGAUAAAGAGUCAUUUGUCGAGUUCUACGACCUACAACACGAUCCACAUCAACUUGUUAACAUCGCUGAGACGGUCGAUCCUAAGGUUUUGGCCCCMCAACGCCAGAGACUACAAGAAUUGGCCCGCUGUAGAGGGGAGUCUUGUAGGCAGAAAUUUGAAGAUAGUCGUGUGAUCAUAUGAUAUAGUAUAUUUUAUAAUAAUUUUAUAAUACUUUAUUUUGCAUUAAACCUUUUACACUGUAAUGUU